GAAUCUGCUCCGGCACAUCUUUUGUAUAUAUGCUCAGAUGUUGGCAAUGAAGUAUUUGAAUCGCUGCUUAGUAUGAUUUGUAUGUACACAAGGCUGGAGCUUAAAGGCCAGCGGGCCUCCAAAAAGUGUCUUCAUUCUGGAAUGUUAAAACAGGACUUCCCAUAUUCUAAGCUAAAAUGUAUGAGAGGUUCCCUCACAGAGAAUGAACUUCAAAACGUUAUCAAUGAAGUCAUUGCAAAAGAAAAAUCUGUUCAGGAAAUGGAAUCUGAGUUUAUCAUGAUUAAGGAAAUGCGCGCCCUUCAGACAUUCUUCAUUAAGUAUACAAACUGCCAGUCCUGGAAAGAGGCACACGAAAGGUAACUUUCAAUCUUAACAAUUAUUAUAAAAUUAAAUUCUUCAUUCUUAGCCAUCUUCAGCCCAAAAUUAAUAGUACAGCUAUUCGGUUAAAUUAAUGCCAACAGAUAAUAGCAGAUAAUAGUCAAAUGUACAAUAUAAGCGCCACGAGAAUGAUGUGAAUAAUUAUAGUUUUAAAUAAGUUUAAUAGCUCGAUAGUCUCGUGGGAAUACAGAUAUGACUACUGAUGUGUCAAACAUAUUUAAAACUAAUUUCCCAUCAUUCUUUUAGCGCUCGUAUUGUACAUUUACAUUUUGUCUGUGACAAUAUUUGUUGAAAUAUCUGCAUAUUGCUGCAACAGUUUGUUACCGAACACAUUAUGCGGGUUGGUGAAAAUGAUUUUCUUGAGCGAAGCUUGGUGUGUAACCUAGCUAUACUAUGAUUACAGAAAAGUAGGCAAGUGUUUUCCAUGGUGUUCAUUUUAUCUCCCAAAAUAAAAAAAAUGUACAGGUUAAAUCCUGGAGGAGAUACUGGACUGCUGGUUUUUGUUGGUACUGAUACUACAGUGCAAAACAUUUUGAGUGCAAAAAUGAAGUUUUGCUUUGCCAAUGGGAAAUUUGGUUCAGUCUGCACUUCUGCAUGUUUAACCAUUACUAAAAUAGAAACAUUUUGUUUUAAGGUAUCCAUUGUUCACCACUGAACAGAUGUUGCAGGGUUUCGUGGUGAUGUAGUGCAUGGAAAAUGCAAGGAACGAUUUCAGUCUUAUGUUCAACGUGCUAUGACAGCUGAAGCUGCAACCACCGUGAAUCCCACAGACAAGAUGGUGGAAGUUUUGAAUGUUGACUGCCUGAAACUAUCUCCAGUUAUAAUUAGUGAAGUUCCUCAAUUUAAGGGUGCAGAACUCAUCUUUUUGGAUUUGCCCAAGGUAUGCAAUGUUUUUACAUUAUUUGACAGAAUUCCCAACAAAUUGUAUGUACUUAUUUUAGGAACUUUUCAAAAUAGUAUUUUUAAUGAGCAAUUGUGUUAAUGAUAAUAAUUGUCUGUUAAUGGGGACCAAAUGUUUGUCUGAUAAUGAUGUAAUAAGAUUGAGCUUACUGGCCUUUUUAGUGUAUAAACUGAUGGAGCCAAGUGAACUAUUUUGGCUUGCUUGUGAAUGUCUCUUUAAUAUUCCAUAACAUAAACAAAUAGAGAACUAUAACAAAAAAUGUUAAUGAAAAUGGGAAAUCAACUAACAGAGUUUCAAAAAUAUGAAGAUUUCCAAAACUGACGCUUAACGAUUUAUCACUCCAUAUUAUACAUGUAAGCUGCCUGAAGGACAAUGUUGUACUUUCAGAAACAAAUUGGUCGGUUUCUCCCAGAUUUUUUUAUCGUUUGCAAUAACAGUGUUAUUAUUAUUUCUCUUUAUUAGAAUUGGACAGCUGAAAACUUAAAGCACUUUAUGAGAGUUAUGAAGGGAAUUAACCUCCGGAACAAUAUUCCGGAAACACGAUAUGUUAUUUUUCCGGUGAGCGAACGUGUGGGAAGCAUGGUACAUCAAAUAAUGACGAUAGCAAAUGUACUGAAGGAAAUGGAGCUGCAGUAUGACAUUGCCUAUUACCGGAAUUCAGAGGCAAUACCUAAAGGUACAAACCAAUAAUCUAACUACAUAAUUGAAUCGAUCAGGUGUAUUAGUUAAAACAUACCCAACACUUUCCUCCUCCUUAAAUAAAAUUGUCUGCUGUUAGACAGAGUAAACUAAAAUGCUGGACUGUUUUAGUGAAUUGAGGUCUAAUUGUCAAACAAUAAUGCGCUCAUGUGUAUCAAAAUUGUCGAUUCAACCUAAGUGAUUAAUGUAUAUACCAUCACUUGCCCGUCCUAAAUUUUCACUAGAGGCACUUCACCUUCAGCAACUGACGUUAUUUUUAAUCGAGAAAUUUCUCACUGAUAUAUUUUGCUUUUUGUAGAGCAAUGUCUUCCCAACUGUUCAACCUUUCCAGUUGUGGUUACGAAGACUACCAAAGUCAUUCAAGCAGAAAAUAUAUUUUCUGCACGAAAUGAGAUUGGGGUAAAGGAGAAAGACAGUGGGAUUGUGUAUCGAAGACAAAAGCCG